CAGAAAGCCUCCAUGACCUUAUUUCAUUUUUAGCCAAAAAAAGAUGAAUAGCAGUAGCACAGAAGUACUUGUGCUCUUUGCGCUAGUCUUUUUGGCAUGUGGGAAUGCACAAGAUACCCUUGUGCCAGCAAUCUUUACAUUUGGUGACUCUGCCGUAGAUGUGGGGAACAAUGACUAUCUUCCCACCCUUUUCAAGGCUAACUACCCUCCCUAUGGAAGGGACUUUGUCAACCAUCAACCCACUGGGAGGUUCUGCAACGGGAAAUUAGCUACAGAUAUUACUGCUGAAACACUGGGUUUUAAGAGUUACGCACCAGCAUAUCUUAGCCCUCAGGCAUCAGGGAAAAAUCUUCUUAUUGGAGCAAACUUUGCCUCAGCUGCCUCUGGUUAUGAUGAAAAGGCUGCUAUUUCGAAUAAUGCAAUUCCAUUGUCCCAACAGUUAAGAUAUUACAAGGAAUACCAAAGCAAGCUGGCCAGGAUAGCAGGCAGUAAAAAAGCAGCAUUAAUUAUUAAAGAUGCAUUGUACAUAUUGAGUGCUGGCAGUAGUGACUUCGUGCAAAACUAUUAUGUCAAUCCUUUGCUCAACAAAGUCUUCAGUCCUGAUCACUAUUCUGCGUACCUUGUGGGUGCAUUUUCAAGCUUUAUUAAGGACUUGUAUAGACUGGGAGCCAGGAAAGUUGGAGUGACAUCACUCCCACCUCUGGGUUGCCUACCUGCUGCAAAAACCCUAUUUGGUUUGCUUGAGAAUGGUUGUGUCUCAAGAAUCAACAAUGAUUCCCAAGGAUUUAACAAGCAAAUCAACUCAACUGCAGCAAGUCUCCAAAAGCAACUUCCUGGUCUUAAAAUUGUUGUCUUUGAUAUUUUCAAACCCCUUUAUGAGCUUGUUCAGUCCCCUUCAAAAUUUGGUUUUGUGGAGGCAAGGAGAGGUUGCUGUGGAACUGGGAUAGUGGAGACAACAUCUUUAUUGUGCAAUCCAAAUUCACUAGGAACCUGUUCCAAUGCAACCCAAUAUGUGUUUUGGGAUAGUGUUCAUCCUUCACAAGCUGCUAACCAAGUUUUAGCCGAUGCAUUAAUUGUACAAGGCAUAGCCCUUAUCACUUAAAGUUUGUUAUUUCUCGAGUCUAGAGAAAUCUGUAUUCUAUUCAAUAAAAUCAUAGGAAAGUUCACAUUAACUCGUUUUGAAGUACAGUGGUGUGAUCAUAGUACUUUGUUAUCCUUUCUCCAAAAUUUA